UUUUCUUGACUUUGCUCGCUGGGCGCUGUGUCCGGAUGUUGUUGCAACGCCGCUCUCUAUUCGUCAUCAUCUCGUUUCAGCCUUCCCACACCCGCUCCAGCAAGGAACCACCCGCAGUAUCACACUGAUUGCGCCGCUGGAGGCAACCCACCUGGGACCUGCGCUUGCAUUAACGUCCCAGUCUUAGAUCACUGGCGCUACCGUACCGUGUCCUGUCGUGUACGCCGUAAGCUAUACGCGCCCCGUCACUGUAGAACGACCUGCGCAGCACGCUCACCACGACACGGAACAAGAGGUGGACAUUGUAGACUGCUGGUCAUCGGCCCCUCCAACAUGUCUUCCUUCCAAGCAGUCAACACUACAUUGUCGGUUCCAGAUCCGCCACAGGGCCGCCCAGGUGACGAGACGACGCCCACUACUCCCCGACCGAAUAGCAGAUUCUUUGCCGAAUCGAAAGCGGCCGAGGAAAUCCGCACUGAAGACCCAUCAGCUAAGACGCCUACACGUAACACCUUUGCGGGACUCGUUGGUCAGCGACCACUGCCUUCAUCGCCUUUCACACCCGCCCGUGAGCUGAGCGAGACACCUUCCGCUUCGAACAAGAGUGAGCAGAGUAGAGAGGAUUCGCAUAGGUCAACAGCCUCCGGUCAAGACGUGCAUAUGGGCGAUGGUGACGAGGACGACAAAGAUGGAUCGGACAACGAUAGCGUGACUAGUGAUUCGAACCGACCGUCCAAGAAGAAGAAGGGACAGCGCUUCUUCUGCACCGACUUUCCGCCUUGUAACCUGAGCUUCACACGAAGUGAGCACCUGGCACGACACAUUCGUAAACACACAGGUGAACGUCCCUUCCAGUGUCACUGCUCACGACGAUUUUCACGUCUCGACAACCUGCGACAGCAUGCUCAAACAGUUCACGUCAACGAAGAUAUACCCUCUGAAUCGUUAGCCGCAACGGGCACAAGGUUCCAACGGCAGAUCCGGACCGACCGAGUAAGACCACCUGGAAAUCGUUCUCGAGCAAACACACUAGGCAGUACCGGAGGUCACAGCAGAGGUCACAGCAGAAACCUUUCUGCAUCCAGUAUAACCUCUACAAUAUCGACAAUGAGUGUGGCACAAUCUCCAGACAUACGGCGACGACCCCCACCUUUGGCUAUGGCUAGCGAUGGUGGUGCAAGUGCAAGAGCACGCUUGUCGCUCAACACUAUGAAUGCAUAUGACCCACCCAUGAUGGGUAGUCCUGGGCCCGUGGAGUACGAUACACAGUCCAACGCGCCUACAACGCCUACUUCUGCGACAUUCUCUACAGUUACUGGUAGCCCCGCUCGCUUCGGGUCUGCUAUGCAGUCUCCUGUAUCAAGUUCAUCAAGGCCAGUCUCAUGGGCUGGACCACCGCCUCCGGGACGCCGCCAAUCUAUCUCUUCCAGUGGCAAUCCUUUCUCCGGUGCACCAGGACAGGCUCCUCCUACCUACAUUACGCCUCUACAAUCGACUGCUGCCCCUGCCUACUCAGCACAAAGCAGCGCAUAUGCAAGCCCUACAGCGUCCCAAUUUCCAGAAUCAAGGAGAGACUCGAAUGCGGAGGCGGACUGGAGGCGACGAACUUGGCACCCAGGAGUUUAUACUGGUCCUCGACCAGCGACUAGUGGACUUGGAUACCACCAGACACCGGAUGCUCCACGCCCUCUAUACACCUCACAGCCUGCUGCUUCUCAGACCACCAGACUCCCAGGGAUCGAAAGCUUCGACCAUGCUCCGCCUCCGCCUCCGCUACCUCGGCGUCAGCCAAGUCCGAUGCAAGUUGAUGCUCCGGCACGUCCGCUUACUUAUCACGCGCCAAUGGAGCACACGUCCAAUAGAGGUCACCACAAACGAACGAGCAUUUCAUGGGAAAUCGACCGUCUGAACAUUGCUAGUCCAGGUUCUCAAAGUAAUCAGUGGUCACAACAAUACCCUGGCAGCGCAGGCCGAGCAAACGCUGCACGACCCACGACAGCCCCUCAUGGCUACUUCAGUCGUCAACCCUCCAAUGUUCAGCCUAUUCAGAUUCCUUCAAUUAACGCCUCGCCCAGAACCUCGCAGGAACAGCCAGUGACACCUCGAAAGAACAAGCGACAAGCCUGGUACAAUGGACCUGUCAGUCAGCCGCAAAGAGCUAUGCAGAGAACGUCACCCGAGGACUCCAGUAGCAGCGAAGGUGUACCGACGCCAGGCACUAUGAUCGACUAUCACCCUGCUAUUGUCCACAGCAACGGGUAUGUCGAAGCGCCAGCAGUUGUUGAAGAUUACAAAACCGCGCCACCAGCGUCAAUUAUGGAGAGGCCCCACCCUUUGCAUUCACAGCCUCCGCAACAUUACCAUAGCCACAGCCUUUCGAGCUCGAGCUCAAGCUAUCGCCCGCAGCGCGAACCCGAGCGGGGACCCGCAACGUUCGGUCAGCCACUGCCGCAGACAGCCAACAACGACAUGCGACGCUUAGAAGCGCUUGUAGCAGUGGCCACUGGCGAGCAGCAAGCCGUCGAGAACCGGUCUUAGGUCAGCUGAUCGUUACCCACUGAUCCACACGACACAUCA